UCUAAUCUUCCACGAGCCGCAGCCCGCAGGCGAAAUCUCACAGUUCCUUGCGUGCUUUUCUUUCUCUGUCUCUAGUUGCUUCUCCGAUUAUCUCGAUGAUGGAAAUCGAUCCAGUUCCCAAUGGAAACGCAAACGCCGAAACGGACGGAACCACCGCCACCUCCGCGGCGAUCGCUCCGCCUCCGGCUCGGUCGUCGAGGUUGAGUCAGCUUACGGAAUCGCUGAAGCUGGAGCACCAGCUCCUCCGCGUCCCUUUCGAGCAUUACAAGAAGAUGAUCCGAGCCAAACACCGAGCAUUCGAGAAGGAGGUCUCCUCAGUCGUUUCUGGCGUCGGCGAUUUGACUGAUUCCGAUUGGUCCAAGGACGAUACGGUUCUGCACCUUACGAGCCUUGUCUCGCGAUUGCAAGGCCUCAAAAGAAAGUUGGAAGAAGGAAACAAUGCAGAGAAUUUGCAAGCCCAGAGAUGUCGAGCUCGUAUUGAUCAUUUGGAUUCUGCAGAUGCAGAGAAUUUUUCUGAAUGGAACAACACAAAGUUGAAGCGGAUUCUUGUAGACUACAUGCUGCGAAUGUCGUAUUUCGACACUGCUACAAAGCUCACAGAGAGUAGCAAUAUACAGGACCUCGUUGACAUUGAUAUUUUUCAAGAAGCUAAAAAGGUGAUCGACGCCCUUGAAAAUAAAGAGGUAGCUCCUGCCUUGGCAUGGUGUGCUGAUAACAAAUCGCGGUUGAAAAAGUCAAAGAGCAAAUUUGAGUUCCAGCUAAGGCUGCAAGAAUUCAUAGAGCUGGUUCGGGCUGAUUCAGCUGAUAGCUAUAAACACGCUAUACAGUAUGCACGAAAGUACUUGGCACCUUGGGGAUCAACCCAUAUGAAAGAAUUGCAACAUGUGGUGGCCACUUUGGCUUUUAGAAGUAAUACAGAGUGCAUAAAAUAUAAGUCAUUGUUUGAACCGAAGCAGUGGGACUUUCUAGUCCUUCAGUUUAAACAAGAAUUUUGCAAGUUAUAUGGCAUGACACUGGAGCCUCUAUUAAACAUCUACUUACAAGCAGGCUUGUCCGCUCUGAAAACUCCAUUUUGUUAUGAGGAAGAUUGCACCAAGGAGGAUCCUCUUUCACAAGAGAGCUUCCGGAAUCUAGCUCUGCCUUUACCAUAUUCGAAGCAGCACCAUUCAAAACUCGUUUGCUAUAUUUCUAGAGAGCUGAUGGACACGGAGAAUCCGCCACAGGUGCUGCCCAAUGGUUAUGUCUACAGCACCAAGGCACUCAAGGAAAUGGCCGAGAAGAACGGAGGGAAGAUAACAUGUCCGAGGACAGGUUACGUCUGCAACUACUCCGACCUAGUUAAGGCCUUUAUAUCGUGAGCUUGGAUGCAGAAGAGGGUUGUCCAGGAGAGAUCAAGCCCUUCACUGUUUGAUCCUCCUGCCACUACGGAGGCCAGGUUAGUAGUGGGAAAAUGGCUGACCGCUAUUCGUUCUCGCCCAAGUCAGUAACACUACUUUGCCUCUGUGAAUAAACAUAAAUUCGUAAUCUCACAUCAUCUGUAGCAACUAUUUCUUACCCCUUGUAAAUUCAUUUUUAUUUCAUGUGUUAGUAAAUCUUUAAUCAGCAACCAUGGAAUAACAAUUUUAGUCCGAGUUCCAGUUCCUGGACUACAAAAUUAGUUUCUCAUACCCGACGGCUAGUGAAAGGGAACACGUUAAAGCCCAUGCCCUCUUGUACAGCUUUUCAAGUUGGCACAACUGCUUGAGCAGAUAUUAUAUCUAUUACAUAACAGUAACCGUAGCUACGGGAAGAUCAGACAAAACCGG